AGACGGAAGCCAUGAUCUCUCCAAGCAACAUGGGAAGCCAUGAUCUCUCCAAGCAACAUGGGAAGCCAUGAUCUCUCCAAGCAACAUGGGAAGCCAUGAUCUCUCCAAGCAACAUGGGAAGACAUGAUCUCUCCAAGCAACAUGGGAAGCCAUGAAAUACGCCAAUCAAGAAGGAAACCCUUUUCUGCUCCUGCAGCUUUAGUGGAUGAUAAGUGGAUGAGCAGCAUGGCCGGGUUCUGGCAAGACACUGCGAUAUUGAUUUAAAACAUGGGAAAUAGGCAAGUAUCUAAAUGAAACCUUUUUAUUAUUGAGAUUUCCAGGGAUAAUGGGAUAUCAUUGAU